AUGAGCGGCCUCAAGAAACUGCUCCAGAAUAUCACCGGACACAAGAGUGACGACUCCCUCCCAGCUCAAGCUCCGGCUCCCGCCCACCGCUGGUCAGGCAUCGACAACACCCAGCCCGCCGGCACAAACCCCAUCACCGCCUUCACCGUCGAAUUCCUCGGCGAGCAGCGCUCCCUCAACAGCGCGCACCGGCGGGACCUCGGCUUCGCGGGCCACAUCGGCGGCAAAUGGUACGGCGUGUACGGCGACACGCUCUGGAGCAGCCCCGGGGUGACGGACCCGGACGGGGACCCGGAUCCGGACGGCUUCCACGGCAUGGUGCGCAACUCGGUGGCGAUACUGACGGAGGAUCCGCUGGUGGUGAGAGACUGCCAUUUGAACGGGGACGAGCCCGUGGCGCAUCCGAGGCAGUUUACGCCGUUUGAGGAGCGCUGGGGGGAGAGGAUAGAUACGGGGUUUGGGGGGACGAGUUUGGUGGAGGUUGAUGGGGAGAAGGGUGUUGGCGCUGUGUAUUAUCUGAUUAAUGACAAUGAAAAUUACCGCCACGCAGGUAUCGCCCGCGUCGAAAUCAUCAACGACGCGCCCACCGUCACGCAGCGCCUCGGCGAGCACGGCUGGUGGUGGGACUGCUCGACCAUGGCCAAGUACGGCGACAUUGCCGCCUACCGGGACGUCAACAGCGACUACAUUUACGUCUGGGGCCAUCCGCCCAAGACGGUGACGGAGUGGCCGGCGACGGAGUACGUGUACCAGGCGCGGGUCAAGGCCAAGGACGCCUUCGAGCUGGAUCGAUACGAGUACUGGUGGGGGAGGAAGAAGGGGUGGCGGAGGGAGGUUCUGAAGGGGAGCGAGCAUGAUCCGGAGAGCGCGGUGAUGUGGGGGGUUGGGCAGGGGCAGGUUGUGUUUAAUACCUAUAUGAUAUGGGAUGACUGA